AUGUCGAAUACAGAAAAUCGUCGGCGAAACGAAAUCGAAAAGAAACUAUUUUCUUCAGAAGUAUUUAAAGGAUUGAAAAUGGACUGUAAAAUCUAUGUUGGGGAUCUUCCACGUGAUGCUUCUGAAAAAGAACUUGAAAGAGCUUUUUGUUAUUAUGGUCCCCUAAGAAGUGUGUGGGUGGCGCGAAAUCCGGCUGGUUUUGCAUUCGUUGAAUUCGAAGACCCAAGGGAUGCUGAGGAUGCAGUCCGUGCUCUUGAUGGAACGAAUAUCUGUGGCUCGAGAGUUCGGGUUGAGCACUCGACUGGUAAGGUUCGUCCCAAGCCUUGGAUGAGAGGAGGUAGAGGCCCACCAAGGAACAGGCGGCCUUUCCACCCCGAAGACAGGUGUUUUGAGUGUGGUGACAGGGGCCAUUAUGCUUAUGACUGUUCUCGUUAUAGGCGAACAGGCAGAUCCAGGUCUUCAAGGCGUCGAUCCAGAACUUUCCUGCUACAUAAAGAUGUGGGGAAAUCCGCUUCAUUGCACCACGACUUAAGAUUUCAUCACCCAUCCUUGAACAAUCAGCUUCCACCUUUCUGUUUGAUCAUCGGGGUUGAUGAUUCAACAACUACACUUCGUGAGAUCAACCCUGUUACACAUCUUAUCGUGAAAAUUUUCAUUGACCACCGAGUGCAUCCAGGUCCAGAUCCCGAUCCGGAAGAAGUUACUCUCGGAGCUGGAGCAGAAGUAGAAGCCGUAGUCGGUCCCCUAGAAGAGUCAGUAGGAGUCGCAGCAGGAACUGAGUGA